ACAAAACAGACGCACUAUUAUUAAUACACUGAACUUGUGCGACGCUCCUAAAACGAACGCACCAUGACACUGAGCCAGUGCAACCUACACUCACGAAAUGAACGCACCAUAGUUGAGCGAGCUGUCAUUAUUUUUCAAUCGCGCGUGUUCGCUCCUGAUCGUGUCUCGUGUUGUUUGAAGCGAAAUGUUCGGGUAACAUCGUGUGUAAUCGGUUGGUCAGUUCUGCCGGGUGGAAGAAUCGGAAUGGUUCCGGAUUCCGUGUUGCGCAGUGAACAACUACAUUUUCAGGUACUUCUUCCACGGUGGCCCGGAAUGUGUGCCUGGCGCCAGCUGCACACAUUCCGGGCCACCGUGACGUGCUGGAUGGAUUGUGUGGACGCGUUGGCAAGGAGUGAACGCGUUGUUGGCUGGGAGAGAUCCACCGGAAGACGAAUCCGGUACGGCUCCGGAAUGGUGAGGAGGAGCUCAGAAACUAUGAGAGGGUUGCGUUUUACGAUUACGCGAAUGUCCAUCCUAAAUGUGCAGCAGUAGAUCCGGUACCAGCUACGGACAUUCCGAUCAACGUCAAACAGGAACUGUUUGCUGGGCGGAUUGAAGCGGAAUAACGAAAGAAAAUGAAGCAGAAAGAAUGUUUAAACUGAAGUGAAAUUUAAACAAAUUACAAGCAAAAUAACAAUAGCAUUUACUUUAUUUAGGAUACAUUUAACUGUAAGAAUAUAUAUUUACAAUAUAAUUUAGUAAGUAAUAAAAAAUAAAUAGUAUGAAAAAACCAUAAAACCUACUGUCGUUAUUAUUUAUUUCAAUGUACGAAUAUAGUUUAAACAGUAAUAUUUAGUAUGGAAAAAACUAUGAAGAACUGUUAAUUGACUGUGCAAUGCAUUGUAAUGCUUGCUGUUUUUAUUAUUCAUGUAUGAUGUAUUCUAUAGUCAGGACGAGUUUUUGGAUGAAAAAUGCAACAUUAGAUUAACAGUAAAAUGCGUCGUAUUUGGAAAAAAAAUGUAUGGAAAAAUUUCGAAAUUUUUAUGGUACCGGUGCAUAACAACCCCCCUUUUUUAUGGUAAAAUCCCAAAAUACGACACAAAUUAUCUUAAAAAACGAUGCUGUCUACUGUUAAAACACUGUCAAAAUGACAAUAUAUUUUAUCGUUUUGUAACGUUAAAAUUUACUGUAAGUUCAUCAGAAAUCUUUA